GCGCUGCGGCGACCCCUCCGCCGCCCCGUAGAAGUCUCCGCGGCCCCGGGGCCGCUCGCUUCCUGUUUGUCGGGCUAGGAGACAUGGCGGCGGCGGCGGCGCCGGCGGCGGCCGGGUCUGGGGCCAGCCGAGCGAGACGGUCGGCAGCAACAGAAACAGCCUGGGGCGGAUGGGGCGGCCGGCCGCGGCCCGGUAACAUUCUGCUGCAGCUGCGGCAGGGCCAGCUGACCGGCCGGGGCCUGAUCCGAGCGGUGCAGUUCACUGAGACUUUUUUGGCGGAGAGGGACAAACAAUGCAAAUGGAGUGGAAUUCCUCAAUUGCUCCUUAAGCUGUAUGCCACCAGCCACCUCCAUAGUGACUUCGUUGAGUGCCAAAACAUCCUCAAGGAAAUUUCUCCUCUUCUCUCCAUGGAGGCUAUGGCAUUUGUUACUGAAGACAGGAAACUUACCCAAGAAACCACUUAUCCAAAUACUUAUAUUUUUGACUUGUUUGGAGGUGUUGAUCUCCUUGUAGAAAUACUUAUGAGGCCUACAAUCUCUAUCCGGGGACAGAAACUGAAAAUAAGUGAUGAAAUGUCCAAGGACUGCUUAAGCAUCCUGUAUAACACCUGUGUCUGUACGGAAGGAGUUACAAAGCGUUUGGCCGAAAAGAAUGACUUUGUGAUCUUCCUAUUUACUCUGAUGACAAGUAAGAAGACAUUCUUACAAACAGCAACUCUCAUUGAAGAUAUUUUGGGUGUUAAAAAGGAAAUGAUCCGACUAGAUGAAGUCCCCAAUCUGAGUACUUUAGUAUCCAAUUUCGAUCAGCAGCAGCUUGCUAAUUUCUGCCGGAUCCUGGCUGUCACCAUUUCAGAGAUGGAUACAGGGAAUGAUGACAAGCACACACUUCUUGCCAAAAACGCUCAGCAGAAGAAGAGCUUGAGCUUGGGACCUUCUGCAGCUGAAAUCAACCAAGCAGCCCUUCUCAGCAUCCCUGGCUUUGUCGAGCGGCUUUGCAAACUGGCAACUCGAAAGGUGUCAGAAACAACAGGCACGGCCAGCUUCCUGCAGGAGUUGGAGGAGUGGUACACGUGGUUAGACAAUGCUUUGGUGCUAGAUGCCCUGAUGCGAGUGGCCAAUGAGGAGUCAGAACACAAUCAAGCCUCCAUUGUGUUCCCGCCUCCAGGGGCUUCGGAAGAGAAUGGUCUGCCUCACACUUCAACUAGGACCCAGCUGCCCCAGUCAAUGAAGAUCAUGCACGAGAUCAUGUACAAACUGGAAGUGCUCUAUGUCCUGUGCGUGCUGCUGAUGGGGCGUCAGCGAAACCAGGUUCACAGAAUGAUUGCAGAGUUCAAGCUGAUCCCUGGACUCAAUAAUUUGUUUGACAAGCUUAUUUGGAGGAAGCACUCAGCAUCUGCCCUUGUCCUCCAUGGUCACAACCAGAAUUGUGACUGUAGCCCGGAUAUCACCUUGAAGAUACAGUUUUUGAGGCUUCUCCAGAGCUUCAGCGACCACCACGAGAACAAGUACCUGCUCCUCAACAACCAGGAGCUGAACGAACUCAGCGCCAUCUCUCUCAAGGCCAACAUCCCCGAGGUGGAAGCCGUCCUCAACACCGACAGGAGUUUGGUGUGUGAUGGGAAGAGAGGCUUAUUAACCCGGCUGCUACAGGUGAUGAAGAAGGAGCCAGCUGAGUCAUCUUUCAGGUUUUGGCAAGCCCGGGCUGUGGAGAGUUUUCUCCGAGGGACCACCUCCUAUGCAGACCAGAUGUUCCUGCUGAAGCGAGGCCUUCUGGAGCACAUCCUGUACUGCAUUGUGGACAGUGAGUGCAAGUCAAGGGAUGUGCUUCAGAGUUACUUCGACCUCCUAGGGGAGCUGAUGAAGUUCAAUGUUGAUGCAUUCAAGAGAUUCAAUAAAUAUAUCAACACUGAUGCAAAGUUCCAGGUGUUCCUGAAGCAGAUUAACAGCUCCCUGGUGGACUCGAACAUGCUGGUGCGCUGUGUCACUCUGUCGCUAGACCGAUUUGAAAACCAAGUGGACAUGAAAGUGGCCGAGGUCCUGUCCGAGUGCCGCCUGCUCGCCUACAUAUCCCAGGUGCCCACGCAGAUGUCCUUCCUCUUCCGCCUCAUCAACAUCAUCCACGUGCAGACCCUGACCCAGGAGAACGUCAGCUGCCUCAACACCAGCCUGGUGAUCCUAAUGCUGGCCCGGCGGAAAGAGCGGCUGCCUCUGUACCUGAGGCUGCUGCAGCGGAUGGAGCACAGCAAGAAGUACCCCGGCUUCCUACUCAACAACUUCCACAACCUGCUGCGCUUUUGGCAGCAGCAUUACCUGCACAAGGACAAGGACAGCACCUGCUUGGAGAACAGCUCCUGCAUCAGCUUCUCAUACUGGAAGGAGACGGUGUCCAUCCUGUUGAACCCAGACCGCCAGUCACCCUCUGCCCUUGUUAGCUACAUCGAGGAGCCCUACAUGGACAUAGACAGGGACUUCACCGAGGAGUGACGUUGGGCCAGGCCUCGGGAGGCCGCUGGGCUGGUGUGGGUGAGCGUGGGUACAAUACUACAUGCCCUGCCCUGGUCCAUCCCUCCCCUGCUGCUCUCUGCCUGCCCCAGGUCUUCAGGUACAGGCUUGGUGGGAGAGAGUGUCUUGGAAGCCCUUGGUCACUGGGUUGGAGGGCCCAGGUCAUGUAAGUCUCACUUCCCUCACAGUCCCCAUGAUAAGGGUGGGCAUGGUGCCCCUGUCCUUCCUUCAGAAUCCUGGGGCCCUGGCCUACCCAGAGAUAAGAGGACUUUUAAAAUUAGCUCUGUCUGAGCUCCUGCCCAGUCUCUUGGCUGUCAGUCCCAGGAUGGGGAGGAAGAUAUGGGUACCCCCCCAAAUCUGUGAGCCAAGCCCUCCUCUGUCCCUGGCCUUUGGACCCAGGCAAAAGCUUCUGAGCCCUGGGCAGGGGUGGGGGGUACGAGAGAAUGCUGCCUUCCCCCAAGCCUGCCCCUCCCCAGGCCCCCUUAUUUUCCUUUAGCUCCUCUGGUUUUGUUUGCUCAUGGGGCACAGGGCCACUGUGCCUGCCCCACCCCUGGGUAGCAUCUGCCUGAGCCCAGACACAAGAGCCUGGCUGGAAGCUCACCCUUGGCCCCUCGUUGUGUUGCCAAUUUAUUAACAGCAAAUAAACCCAGGAAAUGGAGACUAUUAAAGAACUUUAUUUUAAA